ACGUGUACUGUCAUUACGUGCGCGUCCACGCAUUAUUAUAAGGUCCGUGCGCGCCCCAGCUCCCUCUUUCCUUUUCUCCAUUUUGAGAAACGCGGAGUGGCCGCUGAAACCAUGCAGCUUUUUGUGAGAGCCCAGAAUCUGCACACCCUUGAGGUGUCUGGCCAGGAGACUGUAUCCCAGAUAAAGGGUCAUAUUUUCUCCCUUGAAGGAAUCCGCUCUGAAGACCAAGUUAUUCUCCUUGCUGGUUCCCCCUUGUCUGAUGAAGCCACCCUAAUCCAGAGUGGAGUGUGUGACCUCAGCACUUUGGAUGUAGCUGCACGUUUGUUGGGAGGUAAAGUCCAUGGUUCUCUCGCUCGUGCCGGUAAAGUACGAGGCCAGACUCCAAAGGUUGCCAAACAAGAGAAGAAGAAAAAGAAGACUGGCAGGGCAAAGAGGCGCAUGCAGUACAACAGGCGCUUUGUCAAUGUGGUGCCCACCUUUGGCAAAAAGAAGGGACCCAAUGCUAACUCUUAAAUGUUGCACUAAGGGUUAAUAAACUGAUAUAGACCA